AUGCAUGCAGCUACUGCUUGCAUCAAAGCAAGCAAGGACUCAAAAAGCAACCAGACGCGCUCUCUGCUCAUCAGGGACUUCGGGUUUGCAUACGGGCUGAGUUCCGCCUUCAUGCCCGGGCUCGCCACGGGGAUGUGUCACAUCAUCAAAACUUUGGACGAUAACACUUUCCUGAGCGACGUUGAAGAGUUUAGGAUCAACACAAUCGCGAUCGUGGUCCUGAAUUUCCCGACGGUGCUGCGUCUGGGCAGAGAGCGUCAGGAUUUGCUCCAGCAUUUCCGGCACGUGCUUGUGGGUGGCGGCGCUAUCCCGCAGGCCCACGUCACCGCUGCGGCCAGCACCAUGCCUGGGGUCUUCAUCCAGAAAUGUUACGGCGCGUCGGAGAUGUUCGUGAUAGCACAAGACCCUUUGGGCGGCGGCAAGCCAGGGUUCACAGGCAGCGUCUUCCCCAACGUUGAGCUCAAACUCAAGGAUCUCAACUCAAAGGAUUUCUUACCUGCCAACCAAAUAGGAAUUCUAUUCAUCAAAAGCCCCAGC